AUAGGUUUGUUUUGUAAUUUGACAGAUGGACUUGUUUGCAUCUGGAAAUUCAAAAAAGAAAUGUAAAUGUUUAUUAUUGUUCUCAAUUUUUUAUUUCCAUACAUAAUAUAAAUGGUAAUCCCAACAAAAAGGUUGAUGGAAAGAAGAUGAUGGAAAAAACUGAAAACGACCAGUCUGAGAUACAUUUGGAGGAUUUUCCCCACAUUUGCCGAAUUUGUCUGAAGAAUGAAGAUUUAAGAUCAUUCGAAGGCGAAGAUUAUCUAUUGGAUCUAUUUCGAAUCAUUACGAAUAUUGAUGUUCAUUCAACGGUCCAUUUUCCGAGAAAUAUAUGCAAGGAAUGCAUAAGCAGGUUAGAAGAUAUCUCGUUGUUUAUCGAGUUUUCAAAAUGUAGUGAUGGCAUGCUGGGAAAAAACCCCGAAAACCAUGAAGAAACAAAAUUAUAUGGAAAGGAUGUAAAAACUGAAAAAACUUGCUAUAAGAAUGAUGAGGAAUCUCAAGUUUGUCGGAUCUGUUUGUCACAAAGUAACUCGAUGCCGUUUGAAGGUAUAACACACCUCAUGGAGGUGUUCCAGAGAAUUACAAACAUUGAUGUCAAACCUAAAAUCAAUGUUGAACAGACGAUAUGCAAGACAUGCAGUGAUAAAUUAGAAGAGAUUUCAGUCUUCAUCAGUUCAUCAUUAAGCAACAAUAAGAAGCUGGAAGAUGCCCUUGUCCUUAACAGGCCUAUAAAAAUCGAAAAAGAUAUGAAUGAUGACGGUUCCACGAGGUUUUGUAAAAUAAACUACGAAAGUAUUUUUGAUGAGAGAGAAAUCAAAAACCCAGAUAUCGAUAUAAAACAAGAAGAACUCGACUACGAACCAUCAGCUUCUGGAUCAGAAUUCUGCUCACAAGAAACUGAAGAAAAUCCGACGGUGAAGGACCAAUUCAAGUGUGAAUCCUGCGAAAAAUGUUUCACCCGCAAGAAGUAUUUGCAGCAGCAUCUGCUGACCCAUAUCGGCAACAAGCCGUACCAGUGCAAUCUCUGCGAGAAGAGAUUCGCCUUGAAGCAUCAUGUCGAGGGGCAUUUGCUGACCCAUACGGGGGAGACGAAGAAACCAUUCAAGUGCGACAUCUGUGAAUCUAGAUUUACGGGGAAAGUGCUCCUGCAGAGGCAUUUACUCAUCCAUGGCGGUGAAAAGCCGCUGAAGUGUGACCUUUGUGAGAAGAGGUUCAUUGGCCAGAGCGAUUUGAACAGGCAUUCGUUCAUCCACUCCGAGCAAAAACAGUUCAAGUGCGAGUUCUGCGAUAAGCGCUUUACUUUCAAGCUGACUAUGAAAAGGCACAUGCUCAAUCAUAGCGAGGAGAAGCCGUUUAGAUGUGACUUGUGCGAGAAGCGUUUCACUCUCAAUUAUCUACUGCAAAGGCAUAUGAAACGGCACACUAAGAAAAACGGUUCUAUGAUGAGAUAAUAAGAUAAGAAUUUAUUGGUGUUCAUGAUACAAUAGUACAUAAGGCGAAAAGACAACAAACAUAGUAUGUUUAGACACGUCACAUUUAAAAUAUAAGAAAAACUAGCUACAAAGGUGCCAUUUCAUUAAAUUGUUAAAUUGUCCAAACUGCAUCAAAAACAUCAUUUAUGUUAUAAAAUGCUUGGCUUACAAGUGCCCGCUUCACCUCAAGUUUAAGUUUUUUUAAUUGAAAAGUUUUUUUCAUUCUUGCGGAAGAGUAUUAUAUAUUUUGCUUUGUUAUUUCCUCUAAUAUACUGCGAUUUAUUGAUGUAACUAUAAAUGAGGAAUCAUCUGCAUAAAGAAAUGUGUAUGCAAUGUCAACAUAUAAUGGCAACUCAAUUAUAUACAAAAAUAAAUAGAAGAGGACCUAACACGGAUCCUUGGGGAACUCCA